AUGUUGGAUAAACAGGUGGCGCCGCACGGCAAACAGCUCGCGCACGGCAAAGGGGUCUUUGCCGUGCGGCAUUUCCUGGGCCGCACGGCAAAGUUUGCUUGCACGGCAAAGGCAAAACGCCUUAUCCACUUCGCGACCGCGUCCCGACCGCACAACGCCCCCACGCAUCAGCUAGCUCGACCCGCGCCUCCCUUCCACGCCGCCGCCGCCGCCGUCCCCCUGCUGCUGCCGCUCUCCCCGCCGUGCGCCGGUGGUGCUGCCGCUCUCCCCCUCCGCCUCCCUCCUCCCUCCUCCCUCCUCCCUCCGCCCGCCGCCCGUGCUGCCCCGCGCCAUUGCCGCCGCGCGCCCGUGCUGCCCCGCGCCAUUGCCGCCGCGCGCCCGAGCUGCUGCUGCUCUCCCCCUCCGCCGCCGCCCCCUGCUGCUGCCGCUCCCCCGCCGUGCCCCCGUGGUGCUGCCGCUCUCCCCCUCCGCCUCCCUCCUCCCUCCUCCCUCCUCCCUCCGCCCGCCGCCCGUGCUGCCCGCGCCAUUGCCGCCGCGCGCCCGAGCUGCUGCUGCUCUCCCCCCUCCGCCGCCGCCUCGUCCCUCCUCCUACCUCCGCUCCGGCGACCGCUGAAGACCUGCGCGUCCUACGCCUCCCCGGCCGCCCGCUGCUCCUCCGCGACCCCGCUCUCCGCCGUCGGUCGCCCUCGCGGGUCGGCAGCCCCCGCGCCGUCGCGGUCGCCGGCGUAUCGGAAGGUAAUUCCUUUUGCUGCCAUGAAUUUGCAUAAUCUGAUGUUGUUAAGGAAUGAUGAUGAUGAUGUGGGUGUUAGUGCAUGGUAUGCAAUUAAACGACAUGAGUAA